CAAGUGAUCUGGUUGGUUUGGGUCCUUGGGAUUAAAAAUCCGGAUCACUGACAGCUUCAACGAGACUCAUCAUCAUUGAAAUAAGGAACCGCAAGUGUGAAAUCAGACCGGAAUCUGGCAUUUUGCACUCCGGGGUUUAGCUAUGAUAUCGCAGUUCUUUGUGCUCUCGCAGAGAGGCGACAACAUCGUCUUCCGCGACUAUCGUGGUGAGGUACCAAAAGGAAGUGCAGAAAUAUUCUUCCGUAAAGUAAAGUUUUGGAAGGAGGAUGGGGAAGAGGAAGCACCACCUGUCUUUAAUGUGGAUGCUGUGAACUACUUCCAUGUGAAGGUUGCUGGCUUAUUGUUUGUUGCAACCACACGAGUUAAUGUGUCACCUUCUCUUGUGUUGGAGCUCCUGCAAAGAAUUGCACGUGUAAUUAAAGACUACCUUGGGGUUCUCAAUGAAGAUUCGUUACGAAAGAACUUUGUUCUUGUUUAUGAAUUACUUGAUGAAGUCAUUGACUUUGGCUAUGUUCAGACCACUUCUACUGAAGUGUUGAAGUCUUAUGUAUUUAAUGAACCAAUUGUGGUUGAGGCUGCACGUUUGCCCACCCUUGGCCCUGCUGCCAUGUUUAUGCAAGGAACAAAAAAAAUGCCAGGGACAGCUGUUACAAAAUCUGUUGUAGCAAAUGAGCCUGGGGGAAGAAAGAGGGAGGAAAUAUUUGUUGACAUAAUUGAAAAAAUAAGUGUGACUUUCAGCUCUAGUGGUUACAUACUUACUUCUGAAAUUGAUGGAACCAUUCAAAUGAAGAGUUAUCUUACUGGCAACCCAGAAAUCCGUCUAGCCCUUAAUGAAGACCUGAGCAUAGGGAGAGAUGGGAGGUCUAUAUAUGGUUAUAGUAGUUCUGCUGGAGCAGGGACGGUGAUACUAGAUGAUUGUAAUUUCCAUGAAUCUGUACAUCUUGAUAGUUUUGAUGUAGACAGAACUUUGACUUUGGUAGCUCCUGAUGGUGAAUUUCCAGUAAUGAAUUACCGUAUGACCCAGGAAUUUAAACCUCCCUUUCGUAUCAAUGCUUUGAUUGAAGAAGCAGGAUCCCUUAGGGCUGAGGUGAUUCUUAAGAUACGUGCUGACUUCUCCUCAAGCAUAACUGCAAACACGGUUCUAGUACAGAUGCCAGUGCCAACAUAUACCACCAGGGUUAGUUUUGAGUUGGAACCCGGAGCAGUUGGAAACACAACUGACUUCAGGGAAGCAAAUAAGAGGAUUGAAUGGGGCUUAAAAAAGGUUGUUGGUGGAUCAGAACAUACUCUACGUGCAAAGCUCACACUUUCACAGGAAUCACAUGGAAAUAUCAUGAGGGAAGCUGGACCAGUAAGCAUGACCUUCGCAAUACCUAUGUACAAUGCUUCCAGGCUUCAGGUAAGAUACCUACAGAUAGAAAAGAAGACCAAGACCCACAAUCCAUAUCGAUGGGUAAGAUAUGUGACACAAGCAAAUUCAUACGUUGCUCGCAUAUGACCUUUUUCAUUUUUUUUCUUUUCCAUUUCUGUCUUAUUUUUCUUCUUAAGUGCAUCAAAAUGGUUAGAAAGGUUAAAUGAGAAAGAAACUUGCUUUCAGUUACAAUUUGAGAACUAUAUUAAGCAAUAUAGUACUUGUUCAGUUCAUUUUAA